AUGGCGGAAGCUCUGGUCGAUACUCCAGGCUUCUUCGAAACAGCUUCGAUACGAUCAGAGCAGACAGAGUUCUCCUGUCUUCGACUCACUGCGCGAACAAAGUACGCGGAAAAGGCGUCUAAGACGUCGAGCACAGAGUACACAAAGCCUUCUCGGCAGGCUGGCAAGCCAACAGCUGCUCAAGCCUUCAUUUGGCGACUUCAUUCGCACAGAGCGAGCAGCUUGCCGAAAUUUGAUGCCUCCACCAGUUCAGACGACGCACUUGCUCUGCCAAACAGCACCAUGCCACCAUCGUUACCUGUGCAUGAUUCUACAGACCUACCCGGAAUCAAUGCACUGGAUGCGCACGAUCACCGCUUCGCGACUGCAUUCGUCUCGCGGAUAUUCAUUCAGAACGUACGGGAUGCGGAGUUGGGCGGAGUGGAAGGAGCCCGAGCACGUCGGAUAGCAGCUGUGUACUACUCGAAGGCUCUCGUGGCCAUCAAUGAGGAUCUCAGAGAUGCCGAUACAGUGAGCGCCGACAGCACACUGCUUUCCGUGCUAGCUCUUGCAUACCACCAGCCGAGGAGCCAGCUAGACUCGCCAAUCUCACAUUUAGCACACCCGAAACAGGGUCCGUUGGACUCUUUGAGACUUCUCAACAUACUUCGUGGUCCAAUUGGAAAGGUGUCAGUCCAUGUGGAAGCUCUCAGUCGAUUGGUGGCCACGCGUGGAGGCCUUCAUGAUCUGACUCUGCCUGGUCUUGCAUCUAUCAUGUCGUAUGGUUCUCUCAUUCACGCUUGCCGCACUCUCGAGUCUCCAGCACUGGAAUACAUUCCAUACCUUGGCAUUAAAAUCGACUCUGUAUUGAUGAAAGCUCGAAGGAGCAACCACCCUCUCCGAAAGCUCACUCGAGGGUUCGACAUAUUUCCGCGACUCGCGACACCAGCUCGAUCUACGGAAUCAUCAGCGGUGUGGCUCGCCCUUGAGCACCUGGCGCUAUAUACGCUUCACGUCGACGACUACGUUGAGAGACGUAAAGUUAGUGAAAACCUAGCAGUGAUUGGCGAAUUACGUGGCUACGUGCAGCACCGACUGAUGGGCUUGUUGGGGUCAGUAUGCGGAUGUCCGAUAGAGUCAGGAAACAACGACCUCAUUAGCCUGGCUUUACUGGCUGCAGCCAUAUACAGUUUCACCUGUGUGUUUCCCCUGGUGGAGGCGCCAUUCGCACGGCUGUCCAAACGAAUCCGUGAGGCAUAUGAAGCGCUUGAGCAAGGCGCUAUGCAUGAUGGUGAGGUCAUUUCAGCGCAACCCCAGCCGAUUACAGCUUGGAUCUUAUGCAUGGGCGCCAUCGCUGCGUCUGAGAUGCCGGAUAGUAUAUGGUAUGCUGCUGCAUUGGCGAGAUGCUUACGGAAGCUGGGUAUUGAGUCUUGGCUGAAGCUGAGGGCGCUGCUGUUGGACUUCCUUUGGCUGCCAAUGACGAACGAUGGGGAUGGCAUGAGAGUCUGGGCGGAGGUUGAGACCUUGCUUGUGAGAGUAAGAGAGACGGGGGAGAGCCGGCAGCAAGGCUGGCGAGCCGAGGGAGGAGUGAUUGUAUGA